GGUCCACAAUGGUUGUACAGCCAGCAUCUUGCAACACAAUGGUUGCAAUACGGUGAACGGGGAGUGAUUCAGCAUUGCAAUCUCGAUUUCUAGGGUAUUCUUCAUCCAUCGCUGGGUUUUUCUUUCUUUCUUUCUCCAUCUUCACGUGUAUUAUUCUGUGCGUGUAAAAGUCGUUAAAUGUCUCCCGUCGGAAUGUUUUGAACAGAACUGUCACCGGACUAGGAUCGUCGUCAGCUGGCACGGAAUGGUAUUUAUGAGGAGUGAUUUCUUCUAUUACUGCAGUGAACCUGUCCUGGAUGUGAAAAUAGCCUUUUGUCAGGUGUGUGUUCCUUACAGGUAAACUAAGGGUUUUGGUAAACAAGUGGAUGUGUCAUAUAUCGUCAAACACUACAACAUGUCUAAAAGCAAAGUGGACAACCAGUUCUACAGCGUGGAAGUAGGAGAUUCCACGUUCACAGUUCUCAAACGCUACCAGAACCUAAAACCCAUCGGUUCUGGAGCUCAGGGAAUCGUUUGUGCCGGGUCCGAUUCGGUCCUCGACAGGAACGUGGCCAUCAAGAAGCUCAGCAGACCCUUUCAGAACCAGACCCAUGCCAAGAGGGCCUACAGGGAACUGGUGCUCAUGAAAUGUGUCAAUCACAAAAACAUCAUCAGUUUAUUAAAUGUUUUCACACCACAGAAAUCAUUAGAAGACUUCCAGGAUGUGUACCUGUGCAUGGAGCUGAUGGAUGCCAACCUGUGCCAGGUGAUCCAGAUGGAGCUGGACCAUGAGAGAAUGUCUUACCUGCUCUACCAGAUGCUGUGUGGAAUCAAACACCUGCACUCCGCGGGCAUCAUUCACAGGGACCUGAAACCUAGCAAUAUAGUGGUGAAAUCUGAUUGUACUCUGAAGAUCCUGGACUUUGGCUUGGCUAGGACUGCAGGCACCAGCUUCAUGAUGACCCCGUACGUGGUGACGCGGUACUACAGAGCCCCAGAGGUCAUCCUGGGCAUGGGGUACAAAGAGAACGUGGAUAUAUGGUCGGUGGGGUGCAUUAUGGGAGAAAUGGUGCGUCACAAAAUUCUGUUCCCUGGCCGGGACUAUAUUGACCAAUGGAAUAAGGUGAUUGAGCAGCUGGGCACGCCUGCUCCAGAGUUUAUGAAGAAGCUGCAGCCCACCGUCCGUAACUAUGUAGAGAACAGGCCCAAAUACGCAGGCCUCACCUUCCCCAAGCUCUUCCCCGACUGCCUCUUCCCCGCAGACUCAGAGCACAACAAACUCAAAGCCAGCCAGGCCAGAGACCUGUUGUGUAAGAUGUUGAUUAUUGAUCCAGCCAAGCGGAUACAAGUGGACGAAGCUUUACAGCACCCCUACAUCAACGUUUGGUACGACCCAGCCGAGGUGGAGGCGGCCAGGGAUCUCGUCCAAAUAUCAAUGCCGCCUCCUGCUAUCUACGACAAGCAGCUGGAUGAGAGAGAACACUCCAUCGAUGAAUGGAAAGAACUAAUCUACAAAGAGGUGAUGAACUUUGAGGAGAGGACGAGGAACGGGGUGGUGAAGGGACAACCCUCUACCUCAGGUGCAGCCGUGAACAGCAGUGGUGAGAGCCUCCCUUCCCCCUCCGUCAACGACAUCUCCUCCAUGUCCACCGACCAGACCCUGGCCUCAGACACCGACAGCAGCCUGGAGACCUCUGCAGGACCCCUGGGUUGUUGCAGGUGACUAGCAGCCUGCCUGCGCAACCCCAUGUUCUUCAGAAGGUGAAACACAAUGUCCAAAACAACCCAACCAACCUACCUACCAACCACUACCAACCGAAACCUGAAAAAGAACAAAAAUGAUUAAAAGAGAAAAAAAUGAUGAUAUGAAUGGGAUGAUUAAGGAAACAUAAAGUAAUUACUAUAACAAUCAUGAUUCUAAAAUUUAAGCCUGCAUUUUCAUUCAAAAAUAAAUCACAGAAGUAUAACGAAAAAACUAAAAAUAAACUAAAGUGAAAUAUAUUUAUUAACUUCUAGUUGCUUUACUUAUAUCUCCCCCUUAUAUGGCAUCAUAAAAAAUACAAAAAGCUUAGACAGGCAUCUUUCUGUAAAGUGUCAUUAAAACUGGCUGUUCAUUCCCACAAUACCUUGCAA